AUGGCUGGAGAAGGAGGGGCUCAUCAAAUGCCAGAACAUAGCCCAGCGGUCAACGAGGUGGAAAAGAUUCGCCUGAAGAUCCUCAAGGAAGCGGGGUCCAACUUUGCCAAAGAGAUCAGGCGGCUGACGUCGGCGGCUAGUGCGGCAGCAGCUGAGCAGGCGAAGAAGGAGGCGGGAGCGAGCUGGGGUGAGUCUGGAGGAGGCCUUGGUCCGCCGAGUGGAGGUGCCGCCUAUGAGUCUGUCAGCAAGCUCGAGCUCAGCAAGCUGAAGACGAAGACCUCUGAAGGAAAGCCGACAGAUGUUGGCAUGAAGCUGCAUUUUAAUUACUCACCGAGUGUCUGGAAGCGGAACAAUGAGACCAUGCACCAGUACAUUGUCCGCCGUGAGCAGGACUUCAAGCGCAUGGAAGAGAACUCCACGGAACACAG